AUGAGUUCAGAGGAACAACUUAUCAACCUUAUAUUUUCAAUUUCAGAAUUUAUUUACAAUCAACUAAUCCAAAUACUUUUCUCUUUCUCUCAAAAUGCAGUUCAAUUGACUAAAGAAUUUCUACUUAUCCAAAGCAUGAGAGAAAUGGUGAUUGGCACCAAAGCAACAGACAUAUACACAAAACUUCUCGAAACCUAUGCUCAAAAUGGCGUUUUGCAAUUAGGCAAAGCAUUACAUGCACACUUAAUCAUCAAUGGAUUGGCUCAAAGAACUCAUUUUGCUUCAAAGCUUAUUGCUUUUUAUGCAGAAUGUAAACAGUUAUCCCAUGCACGUAAACUGUUCGAUAAAAUUCCCAAAUCAGAUACUCGUCGUUGGAUCGUUCUCAUUGGGGGGUAUGCUCGUCGUGGGUUUUACGAGGAAGCAAUGGGUGUUUUUUAUGAAAUGCAAAGGAGUGGAAAGAAGCCGAAUAAGUUUGUUCUUCCUAGUGUACUUAAAGCUUGUGGACGCUUCAAUGAUUUUCGAACAGGGGAGAUAUUGCAUGGUGUGAUUCUGAAGAAUAAGUUUGAAUUUGAUUCGUAUGUGGUUAGUGCAUUGGUAGAUAUGUAUUCAAAGUGUGGUAGAGUUGAGAAGGCAAAAAGGGUGUUUAAUGGUACGGUGGAUAAAGAUUUGGUCGCGUUGAAUGCUUUGGUUUCGGGUUGUAUACAACAGGGGAUUGUUAAAGAAGCAUUUGAUUUGGUUGAGGAAAUGAAAGUUCAAGGUAUGAAGCCUAAUGUGGUGACAUACAAUACUCUGAUUGCAGGGUUUUCACAAGAAGAUGAUCGAAGUAUGGUUUGUAAAGUUGUUGAAUUGAUGCAUGAUGAUGGCCUUGAGCUAGAUGUUGUUUCUUGGACUAGUAUUGUUUCCGGGCUCGUGCAGAAUUUUCAUAACAAGGAAGCUUUUGAUACGUUUAAGCGAAUGUUGGAUGAUGGGAUAUGUCCAAGUUCAGCUACGAUUAGUAGCAUAUUGCCUGCUUGUGCAACUGUGGUAGAUUUGAUUCGUGGGAAGGAGAUACAUGGUUACGCGGUAGUGAUGGGGAUCGAGAAGGAUGUAUACGUAAAAAGUGCCCUCAUAGACAUGUAUGCAAAAUGUGGAUUUAUAUCUGAAGCAAAGCACUUGUUUUCUAAGAUGUGUGAAAGAAAUACAGUAACUUGGAACUCGAUGAUUUUUGGCUACGCGAAUCAUGGGUAUUGCAGCGAAGCAAUUGAAUUAUUCAAUCAAAUGUUAAGAGAGGAAGAGAGGAAACCAGAUCACUUGACUUUCACAGCAGCUCUCACUGCUUGUAGUCAUGCUGGACUUGUGCAGUAUGGAGAAAGUUUGUUCAAACUGAUGCAGGAAAAGUACACGAUAAAGCCAAGAUUGGAGCAUUUCGCGUGUAUGGUGGAUCUUUUAGGGAGAGCAGGGAAACUCGAUGAGGCUUACGAUUUGAUUCAGACCAUGUCAAUUGAACCUGACUUAUUUGUUUGGGGAGCAUUAUUAGGGGCAUGCAGGCAGCACGGAAAUAUGGAUUUAGCAGCGGUUGCAGCUGAGAAAUUGGCUAAACUUGAACCUGAGAGUGCUGGAAGUAGUGUGUUGCUAUCAAGUUUAUAUGCUGAUGCAAAUAAGUGGGUAAACGUUGCUAAGGUAAAAAGGGUGAUCAAGAAGAAGAAACUGAAAAAAGUUCCUGGCUGUAGUUGGGUAGAAGUUGCAUAAGUUUUCAGAUUGCUAGAGAAGCUGAAGAUCAGUCGAGUACGCGAUC